AUGGCAUAUACCCUGGUCAUAACUGCGGAUGCUGCGGACCAGUGUCACAAUCCGAUCUCAUAUGCUCAGUCCAGAGCUCGCUGCAGGUUUGCUGCGGACCAGAUCUUCAACAAGGUGUCAUUAAUGAAGUCCGAAGAAGAAACCGAAUUGCCAGAUUCGCAGGCAAACUCCACAUCAAAGGAUUUGAAUAACGGUGCAUCUACACCUCUUCGAACAGAUCACUUCAAGGUCUACAAACAAAUCAUCGCGAUACCAAUGAACAUUCGAUACGAUAAGCGUCGUCAAGGACUAAAGCUGCGGACACAAUAA